ACUUCUCUCCCCUGUUUCCUUCCCUCUCUAGUAUAACUCCUCUGUCCCUCCCCUGCUUACUCUGUUUCCUUUUUGAGUUCCUCUGUUUUCUCAAAAUUCUCAAAUUCCCCUUUUCAGAAAAAUGAGUUCUCCGGCUUCUACCCCAAUGAAUUCGAGGAGACAAUCAUUUCCACGACGGAGAGGCGAGAUCAAGAUAAAGAUAAUCAAGGGUCUCUUCAGAUCAGCCGUGACCAUUGCAUCCCUGGUCACUAAGAAAGGAUGAAAGAGGAGAGAAACUAGAAGUGGUCUUAGCUCCAGCUGCACAACCCUAGCUGCCACUCCAAGUGGGUAUAACUCGGAUGGUUCUUGGACUCAAGUAAAGUCUUUUUGAUGAUUCUGUAUUAUGUAGGCUCUGUAAACUAAUCGUGGGUACCGUUCUUGUUUUAUUCUUUAAAUCUUUAUUCGAGUUCCUUUUCCCUUCUAAUCCUUUGUAUGUAUGGCAUAGCAUAAGGGAAUUUAGAGAUGUGAUUUAGGUACGGGUUUCUUUUUAAAUGCAGAUUCUGUGCUGUUCUUAAUCUCUAGAGAUGUAAAUUAUAUAAAAAUUCAGUUUUAGU